AUGAAUGAAUCCCCCUUUUAUUGCCUAGCCUUGACCUUGACUCGUAUCGUGGAUAGCAAUGGUCGUCAUGGCACGAGUUCUCAUCCUUUUGGCUCUUCUUCAAACUACCCUUGCGAUGGUCCGAAAUCUCAUUACCGAGUCUACGGGUCCCUGUACUGUCCAUUAAAAACAGAGUGGAAGUGGUCUGCAAAAUUAUGGGAAAUAGACGGUCUUCUUGAGGCGGACCAAAUAGAUUGUAGAGAAGGGUCUGGCUCUGCUCAGUUUGUAACCUACUUCAUGGAAGGUGAUAUCGAUGAUGGAAAUGAUAAAGCUGAAUUUGAAGUCGUGAUUCGUCAUACAUGCCAUACCGACGGCAGGCGGAGAAAAUUCAAAGGAGAAGAUGCAAAAGUUGAUAUAGCACACGGCGACUCCUACCUUUUCAAAGCCAGUCAUCUAGGUGAUCGCCCUGGUGUUAUACAGGAGACAGAUACGUUCGGAUGUACUGCUUAA